AUGGAUCAGGAGAAUGCGUGCAUGGCGAAUAGAGAGCUCGCUGUGGCUACGCCUGUAGAGGAAGUGAAGCAGCCCGAGGGUCAAACAGAUCCAACACAGAGGCCAUGGAUUUUGGCCCAUGCCCAACCUACGAGCCUUAUUCUUAGCCCAUUCCCCUAUUGUGCAAGCUUGUAUCGGAACAGUUUUUCGCUUUUCCUCGCUUUGAAACCAGCUUUCCCGAGUCCCAGUUUAAACAAUGUGGGUCAGCCCAUAUGGACGAUGAAGUAUAGGCAGUUGAAUUUACGAUAA